AUGCUGGUAGAUUUGAAUGUGCCGUGGCCGCAGAACAGUUAUGCGGAUAAAGUUACCUCCCAGGCAAUAAAUAAUUUGACAAAAACACUAACCACAAUGCAUAUAUUGGGGUAUACACACAUUGCCAUUAAUUUUACGGUCAACCACAGUGAAAAAUUUCCCAAAGAUAUAAAAAUGUUAAACCCCAUUCAUAUUAAAGAAAGGUUUGGGGUGUUGAUGGCUAAUACGGGGCUAAAAUUGUAUAGCAGGAUUACAUUAAUCAUCGACGAUCCUUCAAAAGGGCAGUCUCUUUCCAAGAUAAGCCAGGCCUUUGAUAUUGUAGCAGCGCUGCCAAUCAGCGAAAAGGGUCUUACUCUAUCAACCACAAAUCUGGAUAUUGACUUGCUAACCUUUCAAUACGGCUCACGCCUGCCAACUUUUCUUAAGCACAAAAGUAUAUGUAGCUGUGUUAACAGAGGAGUGAAGCUCGAGAUUGUUUAUGGCUAUGCUUUACGCGACGUACAAGCUCGGAGACAGUUUGUAUCAAAUGUAAGAAGCGUUAUCAGGAGCUCGAGAUCUAGAGGCAUUGUCAUCGGCAGUGGUGCCACUUCACCGUUAGAGUGCCGUAACAUAUUAGGAGUAACAAGUCUAAUCAAGAAUUUAGGUCUUCCGAGCGAUAAGUGUUCAAAAGCAAUGGGAGAGUUGGCCUCACUGGUUCUGUUAAAUGGUCGUCUAAGAAAUAAGAGCCAUAAACAAACCAUUGUUGCUGGUGGUGGCGAUGAGGGCGAGGAUGACGUGGUCAACGAUGUUCAAGGCAUCGACGACAUACAAACCAUAAAAGUGGUCAAAAGAACCAUGGACCCUGCACAGCUAGGUCAUGCUUCCAAAAGGCACAAGCCUUAA